UUUUUUUUUUAAGAAAACAUGACAAGUAAAAAUAAUUCAUUCAUUCCAUUUGCCAUCAUUUCUGGUAUUUUCGCAGCUUUAUCGUCUGUCUUUGCAAAGCUCUUUUCAGAUGAACGAACAGCCUAUUUUCAUGCGUACAUUUCCAGUGCAUUCUACAUUCUCCCUGAAAAGCUAUCGUUAUUGGUAGUAAGAGGAAUAUGUUUCAUUUUAAUAUUUGUCUGUAACUCAGUUAUGUGGACUACAUUUACAAAAGCACUUAAUGUAGCACCAUCAUCUAUACAAGUAUCUAUAGUUAAUGGAGCUAUUAACUUUAGUACUUCUGCUAUACUAGGACAUUUAGUAUUUCGUGAGCCGUUAACAUUAAAAUGGUGGUUAGGGGCUAGUUUUAUAUUAUCUGGAACUGUCUUAUUGUCGCAAUCCCAAAAAAGACUGGAACAAGACAACCAGAACAAAAAAAUAGAAUAAAGAUUUAUUAUUUGAGUAGGAGAUGAGCAUAUGCUAAUUCUUGAUAAAAGGACAAUGAUAAGAAGGGACAGCUAAAGAUUCAAUGUGUACUAAGACCGAAUAAAAAAG